AUGGCGAUAAGAGGUAGACGAAAGGCUAUUGCAAUGGAUCUAAGAAGUUGGAUGAUAGUUUCAGAAACAGGUGAAUUUGUGAUUGAGGAUCUCGACAAACACUCCAUUAUGCGACGAACAGGUUUACCGGCGCGAGAUCUUAGAGUUCUUGAUCCAACACUUUUGUACCCUUCUUCUAUUAUAAGACGAGAAAAAUCAAUUGUUGUUAACUUAGAACACAUUAAAGCCAUCAUCACUUCAAACCAAAUGCUUAUAAUUAAUUCUUCUAGCCCUUUCUUUAUUUUGUUCCUUCAAGAUCUUCAAGCGCGUAUUCCUCGCUCUAAUAAUGUCGAAAAGCUUACAUCAAAUGAUAACGACAAUGAUGAUCAUAAGCAAUUACCUUUUGAGUUUAAAGCUCUCGAGACUUGUAUUGAAUCGGCAUGUGCAUGCCUUGAAUAUGAGAAUCAACGAUUGGAAGAGGAGGCUUACCCAGCUUUAGAUGAAUUGGCCUCUCAAAUUAGUACUCUAAAUCUUGAACGUGUAAGGCAUAUCAAGAAUCGUUUGGUUGCACUUUCUGGUCGUGCGCAUAAGGUAACACAUCAACUAGAAAACUUGUUGGAUGAUGAUUAUGACAUGGCUGAAAUGUACUUGACAAGAAAAUUUGAUGAUUCUUUAAUAGACCAAACAUCAUUAAGAAAAGGAUACAGUUUAGCUAUUGAUGAAGAUCUCUAUGACAGUGAUGAAUCAAAUACGUUUCAAUACAGAUUCUAUGAAUCUAAGCCUGAUGUUGAGGAAUUAGAGAUGCUUUUAGAAGCGUAUUUUGCACAGAUAAAUGGAAUUUUGCAAAGAUUGUCCAGUUUAAGUGAGUAUGUAGAUGAUACAGAGGACCACAUCAACAUAAUGUUGGAUGAUAAGAGAAAUCAGCUACUACAAGUAUCAAUAAUAUUCAGCACAAUGAGUGUGAUAGUCAAUGCAGGUAUUGUGGUUGUUGGAUUGUUUGGCAUGAAUGUUCAUAUUGAUCUCUUUGACGGCCAACCUGAUCAUCAAUUUUGGGCUACAGUUGGUGGAACAUUCUCAGGUUGUGUAUUGUUAUUUAUUGUUUCUAUUUGGUGGGGUAAAAAAAGAUAUAUUUUGUCUCAAUAA